CACGAAAAAUUGCCUAUACACCGAAGAGCGGAGGCGCUCCAUCCAUCCCCUCUCGUCGGUUGCCAUCGCCGCCUCCAGUCCCCCUCCUCUCUACUCUUGCGGUUUCUCGUCAGCCGCGCGACCAAGUGGAAUCUUCGCGGGGAGAUCCAGGGAGAUGUGGCGCAAGGGGAACAAGCGCUUCGGCGGCGGCGGCGGCAGUGGGGGCGACCCGCCGGCCAAGCGCCAGGCGGCCGGGAAGGACGAGGCCGACGACGGCGGCAUCGUCGUUGCGCAGAUUUCCAAGAACAAGAGGGUGUCCGUGAGGAGCUGGAGCGGCAAGGUCAUGGUCGACGUCCGCGAGUUCUACGUCAAGGACGGCAAGGACCUCCCCGGGCGCAAAGGUAUAUCACUUACAAUGGAUCAGUGGAAAAUACUGAGGGACAACAUCAAAGCUAUAGACGAGGCUAUCAAGGAGAACACUUGAUUAAAGAAGCAGUAGAUGAUAUAUUGUUGGGCUGCUGAAGUAUGGUAGUAGUCUGGGGCUGUCUUUAGUCACACCUUACCUGGAAUGUUGCACUUUUGGUGGACUGUAAUUGCCGUUGUCAUGAAGGUGGCCUCAUGGUAGAUUGGUUUAGUUACUUGUGUGCCCUCAGUAAUCUUUAGUGAACUCAUCGUGUCAAUGUGGCAUUGUACUUUGUUAUAGCUUAGGAAGUAUGUUAAGCUCGUUUGUCA